GCAAAUCCAACAGAAUGACCCUCUGUCGCCUUUACCUAUCGUAUCAAGACAGUCAGCUACAUCUUCUGAUGUUUAUAAAGUAACACCUGUUCAAGACACCCUGUGUGCACCAGAUACAUUAAUAAGUAUUACCAAAAAGAGAAAAGAUGCCGUUUCUAAAGCCAUUAACAAACGUCAGGCUCCGAGCCACAAAAAUAGGAUCAAGGAAGAGGCCAGCGUUAAAAGCAUAUCCAGGACUAUGAGUGUCGAGGACAUAGCAAAACUCCUGUCAGAAAAACGAAGUCUUGCUCAGGAAUGGCAAGCCAGAGAAGGAGAAGAGGAUAGAGCAAGAAAAGAAAUGCAAGAGAGUGUCAUUUGGAAAAUGAAAGUGCUGGCAAAGAAAGCAACUACAGGACUAGGCGGAGAUUUCUCCGUGUUUGAAGAUGACCAGCGACGAAAGGACGUGAAAACGAAGAAGGGAUAUCAGAACUACCAGGAUCGAGGAAUACCGUCUCAGGCCUCAGGAACACCUGGAUACAACAGGGUGGAGGCGGAUGAGACAAAUGAUGAUGACGGAAGGACAGGAUCUGAUGAUGAGUCAUUAGAUGAAAUGGCCUCUUCAGCAAUUUUCAAUGAUAUCAAUAUGCCCCAUAAACUCAAAAACAAAAUGAAUACUGGCAAAAUUCCAAUGAAACUGACCUACCUUCAUGCUAGUGGAGACCACAUAAUGAAUGAAACCAAGUCAUUUAACAGUAAUGCGAAAAUUCCUUUGGAAAAUGCAAAAGACCCAUUAACUCAGGCUAAAGGGUCAAGACCAUCUUUGAAGAAAAUGGUUGGCCACACUACUAAAACCAUAAACUCAUAUGGAGCACAGCACACACUGGGAGGGUUCAAUAACCUGAGUGGCGAGCCACAGGGCUGGAUGUGCGACAACACCAUCGAUGUAGUUGGCCAGACGGAGCCACCUCUCUCAAGUUCAGAUGCCCCUCUUGACAACCAAAAGGGACAUGUAAAAGAUACCAUAAAAUUUCUGCAAAAUCCUCAGAUGUGUUUUGACGGGAGGAAGAAGAAUAAACCUGUGUCACCUCACCCUGAAUUGUGAAUGAACAUCCGUGCGGCCUGGGAGAUUACAUCAGCUCCUUCCCAGUUCACCACCUUGACGCGCAGGGCUCGUCUUCUUUUACUUCAUACAGCUACAGUGACCUGAACCUGGACAACAAAAUGUCUGUAUAAAACAAAAUACACAAAGUCACGUUUACUUAUCUCAGAUGGUCUUGUUUCUGUCAUCUAAUUGUCUUGUCUUACAGGCAGAGAGGUGCUAAGUAAAAGAGCGGGUUUGUUUUCCUUGUAAGUAUCUCCAUUGUCUCUCAUUUCUGGGUUUUCCUACCAAUGUGGGGACUACAGCGAGUGCAUAUCCACGUUGUUUUUACAAACGAUAACUCUCCAAGUUUCUAAAAGA